AUGAGGCUUUUCCUUUUUUAUUUUCUUUUUUAUUUUGUUGAAGCCAGAGAUUCUUGUCAUUCACACAACUUUCAUCAUGUUUUACAACAAGAAAAAGAUAAUUAUUUGAUUUACGGGUUAACUCAGGAUUGUCAGAUUAUAUUUCUGCGACCAUCACAGAUCGCUCUCUUAUCAACAUUGAAUGUUAAUAUCUAUAAUGCUUAUUGUCAUCCAAAUUUAGUUCAAUUACAUCUUCAGUCAUCCGAUUCUCUGCUGUUGGUUACGAAGCAGGCCGGAAAUCGUAUUUGUACGUUAAACGUCACUAUUCCUCCGUUCGAUCUUCUAUUUGGAAAUCACAUAUUUAGUUAUUCAAUUUUCAAUUCUCUUUCAUAUGCUGUAUGUUCUCAUUCACCACCGAACUCCUACCAACUGGAGACAGAUUUAUCAUUUUUGGACACUCUCUAUAAUAAUGUCAUCUAUUUUGUGAAUGGACAGUCAGAAGGAAAAGAAUGGAAUGCACUUCAGUUUCUUAUAAAUCCUGAGGGAUAUCUGCGUUACCUGGACAAGUUUACUAUACAAAACAAUGGAAAGCGUGAAUGGACAGGACCGGAUAUCGCCAAUGAGUAUGUGGUUGGCUUGGAUACUCAACGGAAUUUGUUAUUCAAACGAAAUCGAUUUCAAUCAACAUACCAGUGUGAAUGUGCUUAUGAUCUCCUGUUCAAUCCUAAUCUGGUUAAAACUCAAUAUGGCAAUGACUCCUCGUUCUCCAGCGGAUUGUGGCUUAAUUCAUUAGCAGCCGAUAGUAAUGUUCUCUUGUUUUCGGAAACAGAUCGAACCCUUUCCCCUCCAAUUACUUAUGUGAGAUCCAAAAACAUAAGUAAUCCGGAUAAAUCAGCUUCGUCUUAUUGUUUGACGUCCAUCCCUUUCAGUUUAGAUUUGGGAAUCGUUCGGGAGAGUACUUUGAAGAAUAUUCAGAAAAAUCCCUUACCACCCUUUGACACAAACACCAAGCCGAAGAAGCCAUUGAGUGUCUCAUUAACAACUCAUCGUCAUCGUAAAACAACCUUAAAAGCUUUAGCUCCAGAAGUGACGACCAUCAAUUCCAUUAUUACAUCGACUUCUCAAAUUCGACUUGAGCUGACUGAUGACGAUUUACAAGAGGAUUCAGUAGAACAGAAUGGAGUAGAAAAUGAAGAGGAUGAAGAUGAUGAAGAAGAAGAGAUUAACGAGGAUGCAGAUGAAAGCACGGUUGAAUCUGAUGAUUCUGGAGACAGAAGCACUCAGCCAUCAGACAUCACAUUCUCAGCGGCAGGUGAUGGGCUGGAUUUGGAAAACUCUUCAGGAAUGACAGUUGAAGAGAUUAUGAUGGAUGAGCUAAUGGAUAAUUCUACUGAAUCAACUGAUUCAUUAUGUCAUUAUAUUCCACCACCUAUGACGGAACUCAGAUUUUGGCUUGUAACCGUAUUUGGAUCUAUCAUCUCAUUCAUUAGUAUCGCUAAUAAUAUAUUAUUAUUUUAUAAUUUUCUUACAAAGAAACACCAUCGAACUAAUUAUAACAUUUAUUUAAUGUUAUUAGCUUUCUUUGAUGUUUUUGUCAGCAUAGCGUACAUCUUGCUUAUGUCCGUCAAUGUAUUAUCGGAUUAUCUUCAAUCAGCUCUACUUUUGAAAAUUUGGUAUAUUUAUAUGGUUCCGAUGAUCACAAUUUCACAUAUCGCUAUGACAUCAUCAUCUAAUCUCAUUGUGGCUGCAACAUUCGAAAGAUACUGCAUGACUGUCAAUAUGAAAUCAUUACCAUUCGUUCAAAGAAAUCGCAAGUUAUUUGCCUUUCUUGCCAUAUUUCUCGGUAUUGUCAGUAAAGGAACUAUGUUCUUAGAAUUUGAGAUCUACGUGAAUCCGGAAUGUGAAGGAACAAUGAGUGCCACGAAUAUAGCUUAUCGUCAAUUUGUCUUUGGCACACCAUAUAAUAUCGUUUGGAGAUUUUGGUAUCGAAAUUUUGUGACAAUCUUUGCCCCUUUCUUCAUAUUAGCUAUUCUCAAUAUACGCAUAGUUAAAGCUCUGACAAUACAUACCAAAUUGACUGUAUGCCAAUUAGCGGGUAAUGCUGCUGUUGAACAAGCAAAGCGAAAGGCAACAGUACGAGCAGCUACGCGUACUCUGGUACUGGUUGUGUGUUGUUACCUCAUAAGCAACAUAAUCAAUGUUGCAUUAACUAUAUGGGAACAUUUAGAUAAGGAAGGAUUACAAUCUCGUUACAUUAAUUUAUAUGUGAUAGCUGUUGAUAUGGUUUCUUUGUUAACCACAUUGGCUUGUGCCUGCCGUUUACCAAUUUACCUUUCUUGUCAAGUAGCCCUACGCACAGAGAUACUAGAUAUCCUUAAGAACCUCUUCUCGUGUGAAUCAAAGAACAAGAAGAAUAAGGAAAACGAAUAUCUUGUUGGUAAUGAUAAAAGGUUCUCCAUUACCAUAACAACUCGAACAACAGCACUCGAGUGUUCGCAGGAAGGAAAGGAAACUCCUCUGAGCAUCCUGCCCAUAGAUGGAGAUGAAGAGGACGAUUUCUCACUCAUAGGCAAAGACAGUAUUCAGACACCUGAUGAUCUCAAACACUUUCUACCACAUUCUUAUGAAACUACUUUAUAA